AUGCGUGACUACUGCGGCACAGAAAAGACAGGCAGAACACACGCAAUCAGACCCGAUGACAUUGGCAACCUCCACAACGUCUCAAAGAAUCCCGACAAGUCGAAGCACCUAGAGACCGCCGUAGUUCGAAUUCUAGACCUCGACCUGGAUCUAGUAAAUCUAAGAAAAGAGACAUACACAGAGGACAGUCGUAACCCAACUGUUCAAUUCGGCACAGCAAAAGAAGACGCACUGAGACGGGACGCGACCAUAAACGCGUUAUUCUACAACAUACACACCGACCAGAUAGAAGACUUUACGGGUGGGAUGCGUGACUUGACGGCUCGAGUCUUGCGGACGCCGCUUAGUCCGCUGGAAACGUUCAAAGACGAUCCGCUGCGCGUCUUACGCCUGGUGCGCUUUGCAAGUCGGCUUGGUUUCUCAAUUGAAGAAGAAACUCGCAAGGUUAUGGCACAUCCCGAAGUCUUGGAUGCCUUGCAGGUCAAAAUCAGUCGAGAAAGGGUUGGUAUAGAGUUUGAAAAAAUGAUGAAAGACAAUCUACGUCUCUAUCAGGCAGUUUUUGCAGAUCCUUCCUCAAAAUCCAUAGCAGGACCAGACUCUUCACGAUGGAAUGUUGCUUACAACUGUCUCGACAGCCUCGUGCGAAAUCAUAGCCCGGGCUCUCUCGGCAAACUCCUUAUCAGGUCCAGUGAAGCCACUUAUGUAGCUUGGAAUCUGGCAGCUUUCAGUCCCUGGAUGAAUGUAGAAUUCCAGGUCGACGGAGUUCGGAAAGCCAAUUUCUUACCUCCGCCAGCUGCUGCUGCUCGUAAAGGACUCAAAGCACCGAAUAAACUCGUGGACACAAUAACAGGAAGCUACCGGAACCGAAGAGAAAUUAUACAGAUGAAAACAUCAACCUGUAUCGGGGCUGUCCAUGCAAGAGACACGCUGGGCAUGGCUAUUCGUAGAUGGGACUCGCAUGGAGGACCAUGGACUUUACAGUUAUUAAGCGCUCUUCUUGUAGAGGCUAUGGAAAAACUAGAUGCGUGGCCGGAAUCUUAUGACAAAGAGCAGGAAGAAUUCAUCAAUGGGUGGCAGACGUUUCUCGAUCAAAUCGCCGAUUUGAACGUGUACGAUGCUCCAGCAAUAAAAAGGCUUCUCGACGGCCGCUCUCUAGCGUCUGCCCUUAGCGUGAAGCCUGGAGUAUGGACGGGUAAAGCUCUCGAUGUAUGCCUGGCGUGGCAGCUUCGAAAUCCGCAGGAGACAGACUCAAAAGGCGCCAUCGAAGAGAUUAAACGACGGCGUGAUGAGCUAGGUAUCCCUCGAUAG